GCACAUUCUAUCAAGUGUUAACCUCAACAACAUGUCGGUUUGUACAUAUUAGUAUAUAAAUAAAAUUACAUAUUAUUUUUUAUUGUAAAUAUAUAUCUUUUACACAAUAAUGAAAUAUUCAAGUAAAAAAAAUACGAAUUAAUGAUUAGUGACAAUGUCUCAGUUAGAAUCAUGUCAAGAUAGACAAAAUAAUGAAUUUGAAGUUUUAAAGUCAAUAUUUGGAGAUGAUUUAAAAGAUCUUAGAAAUAAUAAAAUAGCAAGAAAACGAAAAUGGCAACCAAUGGACUUAAGCAUCACAUUGACACCAUCACAGGGAAUGUCAGGACCAGUACAAGUUUAUGCACAAAUAGACUUACGUGUCACUUGUGGAGAUACAUAUCCAGAAGAUGUUCCGCAUUUACAAUUGAAAAAUAGUUUAGGUCUUUCUGAUGAACAAAUCAGUGUUUUGUAUUCAGAAGUAAAAGACUUGGCCGAUAAAUUAAAAGGAGAAGUCAUGAUCUAUGAGCUAAGUCAGCACAUUCAGAAAUUUUUACAUACGCAUAAUAAACCGAGUUAUGAAAGUUUUUAUGAAGAGAUGGUAUCACGUCGUGAAGAAAAAAUUCAAUCCGAGAUGCAGGAGAAGCAGUUGAAAGAAAAUCAUGAACGUCAGGUAUUGCAAGAUGAAAUUCAAAGACGUCAAGAAACUUUAAAAGCAGAGUCUCGUGAUCGUAAAAGAUUGGCACGGUCAUCUCUGGAAUCCAAUACAAUUUCUCAGUCAUUCCCAUCGUCACCUCAAGAACGUGUACGAGUAUACUCUCGAAGAAGAUGCCUAAGUACAUCCGAAAGUUCAGGAAAUCUAUCAUGUGAAGCUGCGGACACAAAAGUAUUAAAUUUUUUAAGUAAUAAAGAUGAAAGACAAGUUCAUCUGGUUAAAUGUCUUGGACACAGUGCUAAAGGAUCAAUUAUUUAUGCGGGUGUUGACAUUGUUACUGUUGAGCAUCUGGCUGUUACCGAGUGGCCAUUUAAAUUUUCACCGCGUGAAGAAAGAGAUAGUGAGUCAGAUACUCUAGACUUGCAACAAUUAAUGAAACAAGUAGGAAGUAUUGAACAAGAAUUGUAUUAUCUACAAAAACUUGACCAUCCUAAUCUUGUUCAUUAUUUAAAUAUCAAGUACUUGCAAAAUAAAAAUAGUGUUGUUGUUUAUAUACUUCAAGAAUUCGUUGUUGGUACAACUUGUUCAUUUUUUCAAAAAAAAAAUAUUCCUGUAAAUAUUGAUAUGCUGAGAUAUCUCGCCACGGGAGUUCUCGGUGCAUUGGAGUAUUUGCAUGAUAAUAAUAUUGCACAUAAAGAUUUAACAGACUCGAGCAUAUAUAUAGACAACACUGGUGUCGUGAGAGUGUCUAAUUAUUCGUUAACCAAAAGGCUUUCAGAUAUUUAUCGUUCGUGUUGUCUGGGUAAAAUCAAUAAUAAUUUUUCUUCUAUUCAAGAAAAAGGGGAAAAAGAAUUAGAUAUUUAUAGAUUCGGUACUUUACUUCUGACGCUAUUAAAAGUGAAGAUAGUGUCAGACAAUGAAGGGGACUGGGGAUUAAAUUUGCCGUCAACGUUGAGAGAUUUUUUGUCAAAAUGUUUGAAUCGUGAUGAGAAACUGCGAUGGUCUGCUAAACAAUUACAGCAACACAGUUUUAUUCGGACACCAAUUGUUAAUGAACUGUCAUUGCCAAAAUGUGAUGAUAAUGAGGAUAAAAAUUCUGAAUCUGAAGAGCCCACGUUUGAUCUUAAAUCUUAUUUGCCAACUUUGGAUAGUAAUUCACGAUUUAAAAAUGAGUUUGAGAUUCUUCAACUGCUAGGUGAAGGCGCGUUUGGUGAUGUUUGGAAAGUGAAAAAUAAAUUAGACGGUAGAUUUUAUGCCAUCAAACGAAUUGCGUUGAAUCCAAAGAUAAGUGAGUUAAAUAAAAAAAUGAUACGGGAGGUUAAAUUACUCUCGAGACUGAAUCAUGAAAAUGUUGUAAGAUAUUAUAACUCGUGGAUUGAAAAUGUUACUGUAAAUAAAGUCAGAGGAAAUUCUACGUCGUCAUCAGAAAUUACGACUGUUAAUGAAAAUAAAGUAGGAGAUUCAGAAAAAUUCAAGUCUGAAAGAAUUAUAAAAUUAUUGACGCCAGUUAAUGAUGUUGAGUGGACGGUGUCGUUUGAGAACCCGUCAAAUGUCGCUUCUGAUGAAGAUUACAGCAGUAAUUUUAGUGAUGAGGAUACCGAAGAUGAAAGUGAAUCAUAUCAUUCUCCGCAAAAAUCUUUGGAUGAUUCAGACAGUAUAGAAUUUAAAAUAGAUAGUGAAUCUCAAAUAAUUGAUUCUAAGGCAGAGUCAUACGAAACAUCGGAAAAAAUAACGAGCGAAGAGAACAGUAUUAUGGAACAUAAAACUAAAUUUAUGUAUAUACAAAUGGAGUUUUGUGAAAAAAGUACACUGAGAACUGCAAUUGAUAAUAAUUUGUAUGAAGAUAAAGAUCGUGUUUGGCGGUUGUUUAGAGAAAUGGUUGAGGGUAUCGCGUAUAUUCAUCAACAAGGAAUGAUUCACCGGGAUUUAAAACCAGUAAAUAUAUUUUUAGACAGUAAUGAUCAUGUUAAAAUUGGCGAUUUUGGUUUAGCGACGACAAAUAUAUUAUGCUCGAUUGUACAAACAAUCGAUAAUGAAAGAGAAGCUGAAAUAGAAAAUAAAAAUGAUAUCAUUCUCGAUGAGCCGAGAUCAAUGACUGGUCAAGUGGGAACUGCUCUCUACGUUGCUCCAGAGUUGAGAAUUGAAGUAGCAAAAGCUCGAUAUAAUCAAAAGGUUGACAUUUACAGCCUUGGGAUAAUACUCUUUGAAAUGUGUUACAAACCACCUGAAACUAAAAUGGAAAGAGUUACUAUUCUUCAAAAAGUAAGAUCUAAAGAAAUAAUUCUUCCUUCUGAUAUGACCGAGACUGAAAUGCCACAUCAAAUUCAUCUUUUGCGUUGGUUACUCAAUCAUGACCCUAGUCAACGACCAACAGCUCAAGAGCUUCUAACGUCUGAAUAUCUACCUCCACCGUUGCUAGUAGAGGCGGAAUUACAAGAAAUGGUACAACACACAUUGUCAAACAGUCAAAGUAAAGCUUACAAAUAUAUGAUUGCUUGUUGUUUUGCUCAAGAAGUCACCCCAGCUGAAGAUAUAACCUACGAUAUGAAUUUACCUAGUCGGCCAGCUACCAGUUCAGUGUCAGUGGUGAAUGAGCUUUUGCAUGAACACGUUAAAUCUGAAGUUAUUGACGUAUUUCAACGCCAUGGAGGUGUUUACUUAGCGACACCAUUAUUGAUGCCUAAGUCUGGGCAGUUGUACGAUCUUACCGAGACUUGUGUUAAGUUAAUGACACACUCUGGAAGUAUUGUAACCAUCCCUCAUGACCUCAGAGCACCAUUCGCACGAUAUGUUGCGCGGAAUAAUAUUUUACAUUUUCGGAGGUAUGCCAUCGAACGAGUAUUUAGAGAGAAAAAGGUUCAUGGAUUUCAUCCCAGAGAGCUGUAUGAAUGUGCCUUUGACAUUAUAAGUUCAACUGUAGAUCUAAUGGCUGAAGCGGAACUCAUCCGUAUUUCCUAUGAAAUUUUUAAUGAAUUUUCAGAGUUAUGUCAACGUGAUUUUACCGUUCGUAUAAACCACACUUCAUUACUCCAUGCAGUUCUCAUGUACUGCGGGAUCGGUCCCGAGAAGUAUCAAGACAUAUAUUCAAUACUAUGUGAUGCACGUGACGGUAAGUGCUCAAAGCUUCAAGUGCAAACACAUUUUAUAAGUUUAUGUCUGACCGACCAAGCUAUGGAGACACUUCUAAAUUUAUUUGAUACUGAAAACAAUGUUUCUAAGAUCGCGAGUAUACUUAAGACAAUAACAAAGCGAAAAGGAGAUGCUGCUGUCUUGGCAAAAAAUGCUCUUAGAGAAAUUGAGACUGUUACUGCUCAUGUUAAAGCGUUAGGAGUCAAGUGGUCAAUCGUCAUCGUCCCGCUUUUGGCUCACAAUAUGAAGCAACACAGCGGAAUAAUUUUUCAAAUAUCUUGUGAUUUAAAACGCAAACGACGAUCUGCAGGCCAGGAUGUAAUAGCAGCAGGUGGUCGGUACGAUAAUAUGCUCCAAUCAUUCAAAGAAAUUUCAAAACGCUCAGGUUUAACAAACAAAGAAGUAUCACAUCACGGUGUCGGUUUAAGUAUUUCUCUUGAUAAACUUGUCUGUGCCAUUCAAGAAGUGAUAUUAGAAGAUACAAAUAAUGAAAUAAGUAUAAAUAGAUUUAGAAUAGAUGUUGCUGUAGGAUUUAUUGACAGUAAACCAGAACGAGAGCAUGAGUUAGCUGAUCUUUUUCGCGAAUUAUGGUCUCUUGGUCUUCGUGUAACUAAACUUGAUUUCUGUCGAACUGAAGAAAUUCUUGAGUACUGUCGUGAAAAUUUAAUUCCUCAUGUAAUUAUAUUGCACAGUGGAAUAGGAAAUCUUAUUUUAUACUCAUGGGAAUACGAUACAUUUAAAGAACAAAAAAUUUGUAUUACUGAAAUUACAGAGCAUCUACAAAGACAAACUGACACACUGCCAGUUUUAAACAGAUCUGAUAGCAAAAUACGUACCACUGAUUCUACAAAUUCAUCAUUAAGCUAUCAUAAUAUUAAUUUUAAUUUUAUACCUACUGAAAGAGACAAGCUGUCUGAUAACGUAAGAAGAAAUUAUAAAAACACCAUGUUAGCUCAAAUGUCAGCUUCUCUGCAACGUAUAUCCUGCAAAGUGUCUAUUGAAGUGUUCGCUCUAUUUCUCGAGAUGCCCGUAAUCAGGACACUAUUUAAACUUUUGGAAAUUGACGAAAAAGAACAAGAUUUUCAAAAGAGUAUUCAACUUGUUAUUGAAGAACAUUUGCAUCAAAAAAAAUAUAUUGAACAAGUAUGCGAUAAAAUAUGGGAACUGCGAAACGAAAAACAACGACCUGUUUUGGUCCUCUACAGUCUGAUUGAUAAUCGUUAUAUUAUUUUCAUGUAAAUUUAUAUGAAUCAUUUUUAAAAUCAGUUUGGUAAAUUAACUUGUACAUGUAUUUUUAAUAAAAAUUUAUUAUUACAUAAUUAUUAUAUUU